GCCCACAGGCUGCGCAGCCCCUGGGUGCCCUCGUGCCUCGGGCAGCCCCGAGUCCUGCAGGGCCAGCUGGCCAGGUCCUCGCCCUCGAUCUGGGACAGCGCGCUGCAGGAGCAGAAGGGCGAGCUGCGCAAGCGGCUGUCCUACACCACGCACAAGCUGGAGAAGCUCGAGACCGAGUUCGACUCCACACGCCACUACCUGGAGAUCGAGCUGCGGCGCGCACAGGAGGAGCUGGAGAAGGUCACGGAGAAGCUGCGCAGGAUUCAGAGCAACUACAUGGCACUGCAAAGGAUCAACCAGGAGCUGGAGGACAAGCUGUAUCGCAUGGGCCAACACUAUGAGGAAGAGAAGCGUGCACUGAGCCACGAGAUUGUCGCCCUCAACAGCCACCUGCUGGAGGCCAAGGUGACCAUCGACAAGCUGUCAGAGGACAACGAGCUCUAUAGGAAGGACUGCAAUCUAGCUGCCCAGCUGCUGCAGUGCAGCCAGACCUACGGCAGGGUCCAUAAGGUGUCCGAGCUGCCCUCAGACUUCCAGGAGCGCGUGAGCCUGCACAUGGAGAAGCACGGCUGCAGCCUGCCCUCCCCACUCUGCCACCCGGCCUAUGCCGACAGCGUCCCCACCUGCGUCAUCGCCAAGGUGCUGGAGAAGCCCGACCCCACCAGCCUGUCCUCCCGCCUGUCCGAUGCCUCGGCCCGCGACCUGGCCUUCCGCGACGGGGUUGAGAAGCCAGGCCCAAGGCCCCCAUACAAGGGAGACAUCUACUGCAGUGACACAGCCCUCUACUGCCCGGACGAGCGGCGGCACGACCGGCGGCCCAGCGUGGACGCGCCGGUGACCGACGUGGGCUUCCUGCGCACCCAGAACUCCACCGACAGCGCGGCCGAGGAGGAGGAGGAGGCCGAGGCAGCGGCCUUCCCCGCGGGCUUCCGGCACGAGGCCUUCUCCGGCUACGCGGGCUCGCUGCCCACGUCCAGCUCCUACUCGAGCUUCAGCGCCACAUCGGAGGAGAAGGAGCACGCUCAGGCCAGCACGCUCACCGCCUCACAGCAGGCCAUCUACCUGAACAGCCGUGAGGAGCUCUUUGACCGCAAGCCGCCCGCCUCCACUGCCUACGAGGGCAGCCCUCGCUUUGCCAAGGCCACAGCUGCGGUGGUGGCCCCGCUCGAGGCCGAGGUGGGCCCAGGGUUCGGCCGGACUGUGUCGCCCUACCCGGCCGAGACUUUCCGCUUCCCAGCCUCCCCGGGCCCCCAGCAGGCCCUGAUGCCCCCAAACCUGUGGAGCCUGCGGGCCAAGCCAGGGACCACCCGGCUCCCCAGGGAGGACAUUCGGGGCCAGUGGCGGCCCCUGAGCGUGGAGGACAUCGGCGCCUACUCCUACCCAGCCAGCACUGCAGGCCGCGCCUCACCCUGCAGCUUCUCCGAACGCUACUACGGUGGUGGCAGGGGCAGCCCAGGCAAGAAGGUCGAGGGCCAUGCCAGCCCUCUCUAUGCCAGCUACAAGGCCGACAGCUUCUCAGAGGGUGACGACCUCUCCCAGGGCCAUCUGGCAGAGCCCUGCUUCCUGCGGGCAGGUGGUGACCUAAGCCUCAGCCCUGGCCGCUCGGCCGACCCACUGCCUGGCUACGCACCCAGCGAGGGGGACGGGGACCGGCUCGGGGUGCAGCUGUGUGGGGCCGGCAGCAGCCCCGAGGCCGAGCAUGGCUCCAGGGACUCCUUGGGGCCCAGCUCCAUGGAAGCCUCCCCGGAAAUGCACCCUGCCACCCGCCUCAGCCCCCAGCAGGCCUUCCCGCGGACUGGUGGCUCGGGGCUGAGCCGCAAGGACAGCCUCACGAAAGCCCAGCUCUACGGAACCCUGCUCAACUGA